AUGGUUCGCCGACGCACCUUGUUCUUUCUAUCGUUCAUUGUCCUUGUUGCUGCCAUCGCAAGGAAACAUGGUAAUUGGCCCAGCCGUACAUCACAAUGCCGCACGAUCCCUGGAGAUACCUCAUGGCCGGACUCGAAAGCGUUCGACGACUUCAACAAGACCGUAAACGGCCGCCUGAUAUCCACGGUUCCGAUUGCCUCCGUUUGUCACCAGCCUGACUUCGAUCAAGCUCAGUGUGAUGCCUUGCGUAACGUAUGGUUCUUUCCAGAGACCCAUCUCGAAUCUUCCUCAUCGCCGAUGGCUUAUCCCUUCAGUAACAACAGCUGCAAUCCUUUUGUAGGCUCGGAUACUGCUUGUACGCUUGGUGGUCAUGUCGUAUACUCUGUGAAUGCGACCUCAGUGGAACAUGUUCAGGCGACCAUCAAGUUUGCCCGAAAGAACAACAUUCGUUUAGUAGUCCGGAAUACCGGGCACGACUACCUCGGGAGAUCCACUGGAGCGUACGCGAUCGCGAUAUGGACACGCCACUUGAAGUCUCUUGAAUUGAUAUCUGAAUAUCAUGGAACUAGCUAUGAUGGUCCUGCAAUCCGCGUCGGUGCUGGUAUUGAGUCACAAGAAGCGUAUGCAUUCGCUGAGCAGAAUGGCCUCAUGGUCGUCGGUGGUAACUGUCCCACAGUUGCACUCGCGGGGGGGUACUCCCAGGGUGGAGGUCAUGGGCCUCUGUCUUCCAGACACGGUCUUGCAGCGGAUCAGAUUCUUGAAAUUGAAGCGGUCACUGCUAAUGGCCGCCUAGUCAAGGCCACACCAACUUCUAAUGCCGACCUGCUUUGGGCACUGAGUGGAGGCGGAGGAGGCACUUACGCAGUAGUCGUGUCUAUGACUGUUAAGGCAUUUACGAAUACUCAUAUCACUAUGGCCACAUUUUCUCUCAUGAACAAUGGCACGAAUGCAGAUGCAAUAUACGAAGUUCUUGGGACUUUCUUACAGAACCUGCCCGCACUUGCAGAUGCCGGAGCUUUUGUUGCGUGGGUCGCAGCACCUUUCGGUCUGCUCAUGUCGCCGGCAAUGGGCCCUGGAAUCCAUAAAGAAGAACUCGAUCUCUUGAUUAAACCAACACUUGACAAGAUGAGCGACCUCAAGCAGGAGUUCUCGUAUUCUUCCACAGAAUACUCUUCGUUCCUCCCUGGAUAUGACUCUCUCACGUCAACUUGGAAUGUGUCGGACUAUAACGUUGCAGGUCGCUUGAUACCACGCUCUCUUGUUGAAGAAGACACGCCAGCCCUUGUUGAAGUCAUUCGUUACAUCAGCGAACAGACAAUCAGUACAGGCGUUACGUUCAAUGUGAAUCAAAGCGGCCCUUAUAAUGUUUCUGCAAAUCCUUACUGGCGCAAGUCUUUGUUUGGAAUGGUGGUCGGCACACCUAUCAAUUACACAGACUAUUCCAAGACAAUAGCUGGCCAGGAUCUGAUUACUAACGAUUUGCUCCCGCGAAUAGCUGAGAUCACCCCGAAUGGAGGUGCAUAUCUAAACGAAGCAGACUUUCAGCAGCCAGAUUUCCAGACGCUUUUCUUCGGCGAGAACUACAAGCGACUCUUGGCUAUCAAGAGGCGCUAUGACCAAGAUGACCUGUUUUGGGCUAGAACGGCGGUCGGCAGUGAGCGAUGGUCAGAGCAGUCAGACGGUCGGCUUUGCAGGGUCUAG